AUGACCCGACGAUCGCUUCCCUAUCGAAUUUUUAUUGCGGUAUACCUUAUAAUUGCUUAUAUCCUGAUAUUCCUGUUCCAAGAUUGUCCAAGAGUGUUGUUCCGACGGAGAAAAUCGAUUAGCGGGCAGGUCGCCGUAAUCACUGGUGGAGCGAUGGGGAUGGGCAAAGAAGUGGCGAAGCGGCUCGCGAUUGAGCAGAAUGCAAAAGUGUGCAUUCUAGACAUCAAUGAAGAUCAGGGAGAACGAACGGUGGCCGAAAUUCGGGCUCUCGGAGGCAUCGCCAAAUUCUACAAAGUCGAUAUAUCGAAUGAAAAUGCUCUUGAGGAUGCGGCAGGUCAGAUUGAAAACGAUCCGAUGUUUGGAUUCGUGAGUAUCGUCAUCGCGAAUGCGGCGAUUCUCAAACAUGGAACGGUGUGCGAUCUUACCGUCGAGGACUACAAAUUCAACAACAACGUGAACUAUUUGGGCCACAUUUUCACAAUCAAGACAUUUUUGGGAAAAAUGAUCGAGCGACAGCACGGACAUAUCGUGUCGAUAGGCUCGAUCUGCUCGCAUUUCGGCGAAGCCGGCGGUUCGGCUUAUUGUUCGGCGAAAUUCGCCGCUCGCGGCUUCAUCGAAAGUCUUCACGGCGAGCUCGACGAUCUUGGAAUGACAGACAAGGUGAUUCUCACAUCGAUUUAUCCGUAUUUCGUCAACACGCCGUUUAUCACAAAUUUGCAAGAGCCCCACAGCACCUUCUGGGACAUCGUGCCUCUUGAUACAGCUUCGAUGGAGAUCGUGAACGCAAUUCUUUACAAUAGGUAUACAGUAUUCAUUCCCGGAAGUAUUAAACUUCUAUGUGUCUACAUGAAAUGGAUGACAACUUUGGGAACGUAUCCUCUCGGCCGCAAAGUGUUCAACAUUGUUUGCAAGCCAAAAGCCGAAGAAAUUGCUUUGAAAAAAGUGUGA